UAGACCCAAGAACUGAUGAGCUGAGGAGACAAAGGGCAGCCCCUCUCCUCCCCCUGCAUCGAAAGACAGGAAGCAGGUUGUGGGAGUCAGCGGUCUCAGCUCUGGUGCCCCUGCUAGGUCUUGCAUUCAAUGGUCUUCAAUGACCUCCUGCUGCAGGUGGGGGGCAUUGGCCGCUUCCAGCAGAUCCAGAUCCCUCUGUUGAUUCUGUCCUUAUCCCUGCUGUAUUUGCACCACACCCUGCAGAACUUCACCGCCGCCAUCCCCACCCACCACUGCCUCCCACCUGCUGACACCAACCUCAGCAAGGAAGAAGAACUGGGUGCCUGGCUGCCCCGGGACAGGCAGGGGCAGCCUGUGUCCUGCCUCCGCUUCACCUCCCCCCAACGGGGACCACCCUUUCCCAAUGGCACAGCGACCAACGGCACGGGGACCACCGAGACCUGCAGCGACGGUUGGAUCUAUGACAACAGCACGUUCCCUUCCACCACCGUGACAGAGUGGGACCUCGUGUGCACACACAAGACCUUGCCGCAGUUGAGUCAAUCCAUCUUCAUGGCAGGAAUACUGGCUGGAAACUUGACAUUUGGAGUCUUGGCGGACAGGCUGGGCCAGCGGAAGGUAUUGAUCUGGAGCUACCUGCAGUUAGCAGUCUCAGGGACCUGCACUGCCUUCACAUACAACUUCCCAGCCUACUACAUUUGCCGUUUCCUCUCAGGCAUCGCUUUGUCUGGCCCCAGCAUUACCUCCUUCUCUUUGAGUCUGGAGUGGCUGCCCGUCCAUGCCCAGCCAAGUCUGGGCCUCCUAUUAGGAUUUGCCCCCACCACAGGCCAGCUCUUCCUCGGUGGCAUGGUUUAUGCUGUGCCCCACUGGCGCCACCUACAGCUGUUGGUCUCUCUGCCCUUCUUUGUCUUCCUCAUCUGCUCCAGGUUCUUCAUUGAGUCUGCCCUCUGAUACUCCUCCUUGGGAAGGCUGGAACUCACCCUGAAGGCCCUACAGAGAGUGGCCCAGAUCAAUGGGAAGCAGGAAGAGGGUGCCAAGCUGAGUGUGGAGCUACUCCAGAUGAGUCUGCAGGAUGGCCCGACCACAGGCGGAGCCCAGCCCUCGAUUCUGCAGCUGCUGCGCAACCCUGCAGUCUGCCGGUUCUUCCUCUGUAUUGUGCCACUGUGGUAGGUCCACUGUUUCAGCUUCUUUGGCUUGUUCAUGAGUCUGCAAAGUUUUGGGGUCAACAUCUACCUGGCCCAGGUGCUGUUCACAACUGUGGACUUACCAUUUUAUAUCCUGGGCUUUCUGGCCACCAAAUCAAUUAGCCACAGGCCUACCCAAGUGGCCUCCUUGCUGCUAUCAGGGAUCUUCAUUCUGACCUGUGCUGCGAUACCCCUAGAUCAGAUAUUCCUCCGCAUCACAAUGGCCACAUUAGGAAAAGGCUGUGUGACUAGCUCCAUGAACUGCAUCUCUGUGUACACGGGGGAGCUGUACCCCACAGUAAUGCAGCAGAGAAGUGUGAGCGUAACAAUCACCUUGGCCAACGCAGGCAGCAUUCUGAGCCCCCUGGUGGACAUGACCUCCGAGGUCUACCCUUCCCUGCCUCUUUUCAUCUAUGGAGCCAACCUUGUGGCUGCCUGCCCCAUCACUGUCCUCCUGCCAGAGACUCUGGGACAGCCACUGCCCAACACAGUGCAGGACCUGGAAAGAAGGUGGAAAAAGAAAUCAGGGCAGAAGCAGCAGGAGCAGCAGAUGGUCCCGCUCCAGUCCUCCUGAGGGCUGGGAAGGGGCAGAAAGUGGGCGAAACUCCUGCAUCUCCUGGACAUCCACACCAAGAGGAAGAAUGGAGACAUGGCAGGCGGGGAAGGAGGGAGGGACCACUACUGGACCUGUGGUUCCAGAGGAAUGCUUCCCCUGGGCACCUCCACUCCUAGCCAGACCUACCCUAUCAUUUCAUUAAAAGUAGUGCGGCACAGCUUCUCCCAGUGCGCCGCUCCGGCUGAAACACAGUGGUCUCUUCACAUCAGCUAACCCUCGGUUCAAAAACUCAUGCAGUGAUCUUCUACGUAGAGAAUCCAAUGGCAUCUACACAAAUGCUACUACAAUUAAAACAAGUCUAGCAAG